AUGCUUCGCUGUAUAGGGCUGGUGAGACUGCUCUCAACAGGUCCUCGUUGUUUGCAGAAAGUCAACUAUUCCAAUACUCUCCAUCUCCCUAAAACCAGCUUUGGACCCAAGAUCCCAAAAAACGAGGCUAGGGAUGAACUUAUAAAGACUACAAGUCAAGACUUGUAUGAGUGGCAAGUUAAGAAUAAAGAGAACAGACCCUCUUUCACACUACACGAUGGCCCUCCUUAUGCGAAUGGGGAUUUACACUUGGGACAUGCCCUUAAUAAGAUUCUCAAGGACAUCAUCAAUAGAUUUGAGUUGAUCCAUAAUAAUUCCGUAAUCAACUAUCGCCCGGGGUGGGAUUGUCACGAACCAACUUUGGAAUCCGCAACUAAACUUCUGGCAUCUGAAAUCCGUGCAGCUUGUAGGCAAUUGGCUAACAAAGAAAUUGACAGUCAGCGUAACCAAUUCAAGGAGUUUGCCAUAAUGGCAGAUUUUGAUAAUCCAUAUAUCACGAUGUCUCAUGAUUAUGAGAUCAACCAGCUUCGUGUGUUUAAAAAGCUCAUGGAAAACGGAUUGCUUUCCAGACAGUUGAAACCAGUAUGGUGGGGAUGUGAAACUGAAACAGCUUUAGCUGAGGCGGAGUUGGAAUACAAUAACGACCACAAGUCUGUAGCUAUACAUGUAAAAUUUCCAGUAGUGUCAAGUGUGAUAUAUCAGACGUUGCGUGAUAAUUUCAAAAUUGGGGUAAACGAACAAGACCUCAACUUGAAGUUACUCAUAUGGACCUCGACUCCAUGGACAAUUCCAGCAAAUAGAGCUGUAUGCGUGAACAACGAUCUUGAUUACACUUUAGUGCACAAUAAGAUAACCAAUGAAUAUUUGUUUGUUGGAGUGCCAUUGGUUAAUGAGGUUUUGGCAUUGAAUGAUAAUUUCGAAAGUGUUGGAGAGUCAGUUAUAUUCAGAGGCAAUGAUUUAGUUGGCUUGGAAUACAUCAACCCUGCUUCAAAGGAUGGUGUACAUCAUCCAGUUAUCCACGGAUCUCAUGUUGUUUCUUCAGCUGGUUCUGGACUUGUUCAUACCGCUCCAGCUCAUGGUGGAGAAGAUUUUAUUAUUGGCAAGAACCAUGGUUUAGACGUAAGAUCUUCAGUAAAUGGACAGGGAAGAUAUAUUGCUGACAAUAUUCCUGUUGGUUUCCACUCAUUGGCUAAACAUAAGGUAACAGAUUCAGAAACAAUCAGAAAAUGUAUUGGCAUAUUAGACGAGAAUGGUAUGAUUUUCAAUAUCAACAAAACUUUCAAGCACUCCUAUCCCUACGAUUGGAGAUCAAAGACUCCAGUCAUCCAGAGAUCCACGCCACAAUGGUUUGUCAAUGUAGAAAAGAUUAAACCUACGGCAAUAGAAGCUCUCGAAAAGGUAAAAUUCUAUCCUGAGUCAGGCAAGAAUAGAUUGCCACUGUUCAUCAGAAAUAGAAACGAAUGGUGCAUAUCAAGACAAAGAACAUGGGGUGUACCAUUGCCAAUAGUGUACAAUAGAAAUUCAGGCGAACCCGUAGAAGAUAUCGAAACAGUUGACUACAUUAUUCAUAGAAUGGAUGAAUUUGGUACUGAUGAAUGGUUUUCUUCAGAAGAUGAUAUUUCAAGAUGGUUGCCCGAAGAAUACAAACUGAGCGGCAAAGAAUAUGUCAAGGGACAAGAUACUAUGGAUGUGUGGUUUGAUUCAGGAACAUCCUGGACUACAUUGAACAAGGAUAUCGAAUCUUCCUUCAGAUCUGAAACUCCAUUGGCCAACAUCUACCUUGAAGGAAGUGACCAACAUAGAGGCUGGUUCCAAUCAUCCUUAUUGAACAAGAUCAUUGCCUCUGGUGUUAAUGGCAAUGAUUUCUUGCCCGUCGCUCCAUUCACCAAGAUCAUAACGCACGGAUUCACAUUGGAUAGCAAAAAUGAGAAGAUGUCAAAAUCCAAAGGAAAUAUCAUUUCUCCCAGGCAUGCCAUUGAAGGUGGAGGAAAACCACUUUUACCAGCAUUAGGUACCGACGGUUUGAGAUUAUGGGUUGCGUCUUCUAACUAUAAUGCCGAUGUAAGUGUUGGAAGUGAAGUGUUAAGCAGAGUCUUUGAGAAUAUGAAGAAAUUGAGAGUGACUUUCAAGUACUUGUUAGGCAAUCUUAAUGACUUUAGAGAGCCAGUGGACUAUAAUAAUUUAAACCCAUUGGAUAAGUACGCGCUUUCUAAGCUUUACAAGUUGGAAACGUCUUGCAUUGAACAUUAUAAGGAGCACAACUUUUCCAGAGUUGUGAGUGAAGUCAACCACCAUAUGAAUGUGAUCUUGAGUUCGUUAUAUUUCGACAUUUCGAAAGACUGCCUUUACACUGACUCUAAGAAUUCUGUGAGACGAAGAAGUAUUCAAACCGUAUUGAAAGAAAUCUUAAGAGUCUACAUUGGUUUACUUGCUCCCAUUCAACCCAUAUUGACACAGGAAGUAUGGGAAGAGUACCGUAGGUUCUUCGACGUCAAGGAGAGUUCUCCAUUUAUGGUGGGAGGCUGGCACAAUUUCUACAAGUUGCAAGACCAAUUCUUGAAUGAGCAAAUCGAAUCUGAGUUCCAGUUGAUUUGGGAGCUCAGAGACCAAGUCUAUAAGCAAAUGGAACAGCUCAGACUCGACGGCAUCUACAAGAACAAAUUGGAAACUCAGGUAAACAUUGCAUUCAACGGAGAGAAGACCAAGUUAGAGGACAUUUUACGCGCACACGCAUUGUUCUUGGACGAUUACUUCUUAGUCUCGAAAGCUACAGUAGGACAAUUGGAAGCUGAUCCAAAAUACGAGAGCAAAACCACGGUCGAAGUGAACGGCGAAUCUGUAAAUAUCCAAAUCAGCCCAUCUCCUGGAGCCAAAUGUCCCAGGUGCUGGAAGUUCACUUCUGUAGUGGAGGACAAAUUGUGCCAGAAGUGUGACACAGUAGUGAACCACUAA